GCCACCUGUCAGUUCCCAUCAGUGCCAGCAGUCAGUGCUCAUCAGUGCCACGUGCCAGUGCCCAUCAGUGCCACAUCAAUGCCACAUAGUGCAUACCAGUGCACAUCAAUGCCACAUAUCAGUGCCCAUCUGAGCUGCCUUUCAAUGUCACCCAUCAGUGCCAGUCAGUGCCACCUAUCAAUGCCAAUCAGUGCCACCUAUCAGUGCUGCCAAUCAGUGCCACCUAUCAGUGCCAGUCAGUGUUGCCUAUCAGUGCGCAUCAUGCAGCCUCAUUAGCGCACAUCAGUGAAGGAGAAAAAUCAGUUAUUUACAAAAUUGUAUAA